AUGGGUGCAACUUCUCGAUCCAAAGUUACUAGGUAUUUGCCUGUUGGUAUCCGUAGAGAAUUAUCUAGGCAAAAGCUGCAGCAAUAUGCAGACAACAAUCUUGUUGAUGUAGAAUUUGAUUUUCUUGAUGAUUGUGAUGUGGAUUUAGGUAAUAGUAGUUCAAGUUCCGAUGACUUUCACUUAGAUAUCGAAGAUGAAGAAGAUGAUGAAUCUUCUCAGAAGAUUCAUUCCGGUAGCGAUAAAUUUGAGGAGAACAGAAAUUUUUGGGAUACUCAACUUCAGCUUCUUCAGGUAAUUAAGUAUUUCAGGAUCUACAUCUAUUAA